GCGGCGGGCGCGCGGCGCCGGGCAGAGCGCUUCGGUGGCGGCGGCGAAGAGAGCGGCGGAGGUGGCGGCCCCGGCCGCUGCACCCGCACACCCGGCCGCCAAGCUGGACGAGCGACGGAAGCCCGACCCUCGGAGGAUGGAGGAUGAAGCUGUCCUGGACAGAGGUGCUUCCUUCCUUAAGCAUGUAUGUGAUGAAGAAGAAGUAGAAGGUCACCAUACUAUCUACAUUGGAGUCCAUGUGCCGAAGAGCUACAGGAGAAGGAGACGACACAAGAGGAAGACAGGACACAAAGAAAAGAAAGAAAAGGAGAGAGUUUCUGAGAACUACUCUGAUAAGUCAGAUGUGGAAAAUGCAGAUGAAUCCAGCAGUAGCAUCUUAAAACCUCUCAUCUCACCUGCCGCAGAACGCAUUCGGUUCAUCUUGGGAGAAGAUGAUGAUAGUCCGGCACCCCCUCAACUCUUCACUGAAUUGGAUGAGCUGCUGGCUGUGGAUGGGCAGGAGAUGGAAUGGAAGGAGACAGCCAGGUGGAUUAAAUUUGAAGAAAAAGUGGAACAGGGUGGAGAGAGAUGGAGCAAACCCCAUGUGGCUACAUUGUCCCUUCAUAGCUUAUUUGAGCUGAGGACAUGCAUGGAGAAAGGAUCCAUCAUGCUUGACAGGGAGGCUUCUUCUCUCCCUCAGUUAAUGGAGAUGAUAGUUGACCAUCAGAUUGAGACAGGCCUAUUGAAACCUGACCUUAAGGACAAGGUAACCUAUACUUUGCUCCGGAAGCACCGGCAUCAAACCAAGAAAUCCAACCUUCGUUCCUUGGCUGAUAUUGGGAAGACAGUUUCCAGUGCAAGUAGAAUGUUUACCAACCCUGAUAAUGGUAAUGCAGGUGAUGUCUGGCUGCAGCAUAGGAAUCUGACUUCUUCCAGUCUGAACGACAUUUCUGAUAAACCAGAGAAGGACCAGCUGAAGAAUAAAUUCAUGAAAAAACUGCCACGUGAUGCAGAAGCUUCUAAUGUACUUGUUGGAGAAGUCGAUUUUUUGGAUACACCUUUCGUUGCCUUUGUUCGGCUACAGCAGGCUGUUAUGUUGGGGGCCCUGACUGAAGUUCCUGUGCCCACAAGGUUCUUAUUCAUUCUCUUAGGUCCUAAGGGAAAGGCCAAGUCCUACUACGAGAUUGGCAGAGCCAUUGCCACUUUGAUGUCUGAUGAGGUGUUCCAUGACAUUGCUUAUAAGGCAAAAGAUAGGCAGGAUCUGAUUGCUGGUAUUGAUGAAUUCUUAGAUGAAGUUAUUGUCCUUCCACCUGGGGAAUGGGAUCCAACAAUCAGGAUAGAACCUCCUAAGAGUCUUCCAUCAUCCGAUAAAAGAAAGAAUAUGUACUCAGGUGGAGAGAAUGUUCAAAUGAAUGGGGAUACCCCCCAUGAUGGAGGCCAUGGAGGAGGAGGCCAUGGAGAUUGUGAAGAAUUGCAGAGGACUGGACGGUUCUGUGGUGGACUAAUUAAGGAUAUAAAAAGGAAAGCACCAUUUUUUGCCAGUGAUUUUUAUGAUGCUUUAAAUAUUCAGGCACUUUCAGCAAUUCUUUUCAUUUAUCUGGCAACUGUAACUAAUGCUAUCACUUUUGGAGGACUGCUUGGGGAUGCCACUGACAACAUGCAGGGUGUGCUGGAGAGCUUCCUGGGCACAGCUGUUUCUGGAGCCAUCUUUUGCCUCUUUGCCGGUCAACCACUCACUAUUUUGAGCAGCACUGGACCUGUGCUCGUUUUUGAGAGACUUCUAUUUAAUUUCAGCAAGGACAAUGAUUUUGACUAUUUGGAGUUUCGCCUUUGGAUUGGCCUGUGGUCAGCUUUCCUAUGCCUCAUUUUAGUGGCAACUGAUGCCAGCUUCCUGGUUCAAUAUUUCACUCGCUUUACGGAGGAAGGUUUCUCUUCUCUGAUUAGCUUUAUCUUUAUUUAUGAUGCUUUCAAGAAAAUGAUCAAGCUAGCAGAUUACUACCCUAUCAACUCCAACUUCAAAGUGGGCUACAAUACUCACUUUUCUUGUGCCUGUCUGCCACCUGAUCCAGUUAAUGUUUCACUGUCUAAUGACACCACAUCGGCUCCAAAGGAUUUGCCAAGUAUUUAUCCUACUGACAUGUACCACAAUGCCACUUUUGACUGGGCAUUUUUGUCAACAAAGGAGUGCUUGAAUUAUGGAGGAAAACUUGUAGGAAACAACUGUGACUUUGUUCCUGAUAUCUCUCUUAUGUCUUUUAUCCUCUUCUUGGGUACCUACACCUCUUCUAUGGCUCUGAAAAAAUUCAAAACAAGUCGUUAUUUUCCAACUAUGGCAAGAAAACUGAUCAGUGACUUUGCCAUUAUCUUAUCCAUUCUCAUAUUUUGCGUAUUAGAUGCCCUGAUAGGUGUAGAUACUCCAAAAUUAAUUGUGCCAAGUGAGUUUAAGCCAACAAGUCCAAACAGAGGCUGGUUUGUUCCACCAUUUGGAGGAAAUCCCUGGUGGGUCUACCUUGCAGCUGCUAUCCCUGCUUUGUUGGUCACCAUUCUUAUUUUUAUGGACCAGCAAAUCACAGCUGUGAUUGUGAACAGGAAAGAACAUAAACUCAAGAAAGGGGCUGGAUAUCACCUGGAUCUCUUUUGGGUGGCUGUUCUCAUGGUGGUGUGCUCCUUCAUGGCUCUGCCAUGGUAUGUGGCUGCUACUGUCAUCUCUAUUGCUCACAUUGACAGUUUGAAGAUGGAAACAGAGACUUCUGCACCUGGAGAACAACCAAAGUUUCUUGGAGUAAGAGAACAAAGAGUCACUGGAACACUUGUGUUUAUUCUGACUGGUCUGUCAGUUUUUAUGGCUCCCAUCUUGAAGUUUAUUCCGAUGCCCGUUCUCUAUGGUGUGUUCCUGUAUAUGGGAGUAGCAUCCCUUAACGGUGUACAGUUCAUGGAUCGUUUGAAGCUACUUUUAAUGCCCUUGAAGCAUCAACCUGACUUUAUCUACCUGCGCCAUGUCCCACUGCGCAGAGUCCACUUGUUCACUUUCCUUCAAGUGUUGUGUCUGGCUCUGCUCUGGAUUCUCAAGUCAACUGUGGCUGCUAUCAUCUUUCCAGUCAUGAUUUUGGCACUUGUAGCUGUCAGAAAAGGCAUGGAUUACCUAUUCUCUCAGCAUGACCUCAGCUUCCUAGAUGAUGUCAUUCCAGAAAAGGACAAGAAAAAGAAGGAGGAUGAGAAGAAAAAGAAAAAGAAAAAAGGAAGUCUGGACAGUGACAAUGAUGAUUCUGACUGCCCAUACUCAGAAAAAGUUCCAGGUAUUAAAAUUCCAAUGGACAUCAUGGAACAGCAACCUUUCCUAAGUGAUAGCAAACCUUCCGACAGAGAAAGGUCACCAACAUUCCUCGAACGCCACACAUCAUGCUGAUAAAAUUCCUUUCCUUCAAUCACUCGGUUUGCCAAGUCCUCCUAGAUCUCCAGUAAAAGUUGUGCCUCAAAUUAGGAUAGAACUUGAGCCUGAAGACAAUGAUUAUUGCUGGAGGAGCAAGGGAACAGAAACCCCAUUAUAAUCUGUUUUUCUCUUAAAAAUGACACUUUUUGUUGUUACUGUUCUUAUGUGUAUCUGACUAUUUACUUUGUAAUUUUGGUUCUGUUUUGCUUUUUCGGUCACUGGACAAAUUCUACAGUGUUCUCUGUGCUUCUCUCUUGCAUAGGUAAAAUCAAGACUACAGUGCACCAUUCCCUUAAUAAUGCACUUGAAAAAAAAAUCACACCUUUUUUU